AUGAAGCUCAACAACGAGACGGUCACGAUCGAGCUCAAGAACGGUACGAUAGUGCAUGGUACGAUCACCUCCGUCGACCCUCAGAUGAACACCCACCUCAAAUCCGUCAAACUCACCUUACGAUCCCAGACCACGCAACAACCCCUGUCCUUGGACUCGAUAGCGAUCCGAGGGAAUAACGUCCGAUAUUACAUCUUACCGGAUUCGUUACCUUUAGAUACGUUGUUGGUGGAUGAUAUGCCAAAGGCUAAGAGGAGGAAGGAAGGUGCCGGUGGUGCUGCUAGAGGUGCUAGGGGUGCGAGAGGAGGUCCGAUGAGAGGUGGACCCGGUGGUAGAGGUGGUGGGGGUGGAAGAGGUGGACCAAGAGGUAGAGGACGAGGGUUCUAG